AUGGCUUCUGUCGGAACUGAUGCUGAGGGCCAGGUGACCUUCCUUGUUCACUGCAUCAAGCAUUCUUCCAGCGGAAAGAUUGACUUUCAAGCUGUUGCUACUGAUUGCAACAUCGCGUCCAAGGCCGCUGCUGCCAAGCGAUUCGAGCGCAUCCUCAAGCCUUUCGGAAUGAAGACUAGUGACCUAUCCAAGGCUGGCCCCAUUGGCAGUGCUGCUUCUCCUGGUGGCAGCAACGCCAGCCCCAAGACCCCGGGCAAGGCUACGCCCAAGUCCAAGGGCAAGCGCGCUCCCACCGAGACUCCCACCAAGGAGACGAAGCGCGUCAAGCUGGCCAAUCACCCAGCUGUCUCGUCCUACAAUGACGAGGAUGAUGCCGAGGAUGUGCCUCAGUUCAAGGUCAAGGAUGACCCCGAGGCCUCUGGCGCUGACUCGACCAACGGUUCGUACCACGAUAUCCCCCGAAGCCGCGAUGACGAUGACGACGACUUGCAACUUCUCUACGUUGUGGAGAAGACGAGCGAUUGCCCGAUUCACGAUUGCGGCGAAUCUCGAAGUCCUCCUUCCACGUCCGUUUCGAGCGAUACUAAUACCGAGGGUUCAAUGCAGAUGGUGCCAAGGCCGACGAGCAUGCCGAGAUUUAGCGACAUGCCAGCUUGCUAUCACGGCUGGGGAUUCCUGCCGGAAAUGCCAGUCUACGCAUGGCCAGAUACGUGCGCGAUACAUGGGGAGCUAGAAGCAGCACAGUUAGUCGGGAUAUGUGAGUAUUUCUUGCGCAGUUCUUCCGAGACUUUGUUAACAAAUUCUAAAUAG